CGGUUACCGGGGAAGUGAAGGUGUGACAUUCCGUGCUGUCAGGAGUGGUUUAAGUCUGGGCUGCUCACCCAGAUCAAAUCCAGACCAUGUACCACUUCCUCACUGGCUCCUUAAAGCAUGCCACUGGCCAUGGGGAGGUGUGGACAGAAACCUCCAAGUUCUCCCAGUUUGGCUGGAGGUGCACCACCAAUGAGAACGAUUACUCACACAAAGUACUUAUGGGGAACUGGAAUGAAGAGCGCUACGACAUUGAGAACAUUGCACAACCCAAACCACUUCCUUCCCAAUAUGCUCACUGCUUUGAAACGACGUAUUCUUCGGAUUACAACAAGGACAAGGACCAGAGAACAAGAAGAUUUGAACAAGAACCUCAUUGGUUUCCAGGCCACCAGCCUGAGUUGGAACCUCCUUUGUUCAAAUCAACUGCCCAGUCCUGCUACACAAUUGACUACAGGCCUCCACACAGCAACUGCUCAUGUACAGCACUUACAGAAGGAAGAAAAAGGAUGCAGAAAAAGCAACAGAGAUGAAGGGAAUCUGCAGACUAUGCCUUCAGGAUAACAGGAGGCCUGUCUGUUAGCAGCGCUGUAAAGUUAUCCCUCAAACCAAAACAACCUGUCCUGCAUUAAAGCCAAAUAUAGCAUCUUGUGAAAUA